UGUCUGAUAUCUACGCUUACGCUAAGCUGAGCAGCAUCGUCUUCAUCGCCACAUUACAAAUGAAGAAGUAUGGCUGCACACUACAAAUAUGUCCCGUGUUUUAACCAGAGCCAUGGUUAAUAUAUUUCCAAGCGGCCAGAACAGUUUUUCACCAUGAGGAUCCACUGCAAGGUCGUGGUGAUCGCAGUAUGUUUCGGAGUUUUUCUACUUUUGUACUUUUUCAGGGGGAACGCUGCGGACGAGCCGCCGCUGAAAGAAGUUGCGAAAGAAAAUCAUUUUCAAUCCUUUAGUCAUAUCGAGGAUAUAGCACCGGAGAAAAAAGCCAAACAAGUCAACGAAGAGCCACAAAAACCACCGAGACUAAUCCGCAAAGAGCCGAAGUUGAGCAGCAGAGGAGGAGGGAAUGUCAUCGCAAAGACUCGGCAGAAAAGUGAGGUGGGGCGUCCUGGGUCAAAGGUCACACAAACGGAGGAUGUCAUGCACUUGGCAGUGGUGGCUUGUGGGAACCGUCUAGAUGAAACGCUCAACAUGGUUAAGUCAGCGCUGCUCUUUAGCAUAAAGAAGAUCAAAUUCCACAUCUUUGCAGAAGAGGACCUGACCGAACAAUUUGAGAAAGGGUUCAGUCAGUGGCCUCAGACGGUGUCCUCCAGGUUUCAUUAUAGCAUCUAUCCAAUCACCUUCUCUGUGGGGAAUGCAGACGAAUGGAAGAAACUCUUCAAGCCAUGUGCUGCCCAGAGGCUGUUUCUUCCCGUUAUCCUGAAAGACGUGGACUCGCUGUUGUACGUGGACACAGAUGUUCUCUUUCUUCGCCCUGUGGAUGACAUCUGGAAGUUUCUGAAGGCUUUCAACAGCACUCAGCUAGCUGCCAUGGCCCCAGAGCACGAGAUCCCUAAGAUCGGCUGGUAUAGCCGCUUUGCAAGACACCCCUUUUAUGGAGUCACAGGGGUCAAUUCAGGGGUCAUGCUAAUGAACCUCACACGGAUUCGUAGUGCUCUGUUCAGGAACAGCAUGAUCGCCAGCGGCCUGUCCUGGGAAAAUCUGCUUCACCCUCUCUAUCAGAAAUACAAGAACCACAUCACAUGGGGAGACCAAGACCUCCUCAACAUCAUCUUCCACUACAAUCCAGAGUGUUUGUACAUAUUUCCAUGCCAGUGGAACUACAGGCCAGAUCACUGCAUGUAUGGAAGCAACUGCAAGGCUGCGGAAGAGGAGGGGGUGUCUAUUCUUCAUGGUAACCGUGGCGUGUACCAUGAUGACAAGCAGCCCGCUUUCAGGGUGGUGUAUGAUGCCAUACGUGAGCAUCCUUUUGAGGAGAACUUGUUCCAGUCUUUAUUUUACCCUCUUCAGACUAAGUUCCUGGACACUGUUAACACCCUCUGUGGAAGGAUACCACAAGUGUUCCUCAAACAGAUUGAGAAGACCAUGAGGGUUGUAUAUGAGAAAAAAGUGGUGCGCCGUGUCCGACUGCCACAUGAAUAAUGAGCCUCGACUGCAUUUCAGCAUCAUAAGGAAGAAUCUCUGCCUGCUUGCUUGAAUCAGAGUGAUCUUUUUCAUCGACGAUGAGCAAUGCCGGAGGCAAGCUUCAUUUGAUCCAUUAGGCACAGUCUGAGCUUCAUGAGCCAGAAGAGUUGGAGAUUUCUGUUGGAAGUUUCAUUUGAGUAGAGGUUUUGGUCUGCUGGAUGAAAUCCGCAAUGCAGGAUGAAUGGAACGCUAGCAAUACCAUCAAAAACUCUUGAAACAGAGAAGUGACCAAAUGCAUCGAGUGUCUCCAACUGUGAGAAACCAACCACCUGAAUGUUCCUGAAAGAAUAUGAGAGACUCGUUGACAAAGCUGUUUUUAACCAAUCCAAAAAAAUAUGGAUUUAUAACUGUUUAUCUACAACUGUGUUCUACCAUUUUUCAGCAUUUAGUUUAUCAUGUCUGGUAUUAUACAAUUGGAGUGUUUGUGUCUCAGUAUACUUUAUCUAAUCCUUGUCCUUAAGUGACUUCACCAGUGCAUUCUGCUGCUUAAUAGCAUGAGAUGGCACCUUGUUUUCAAGCCACACAAAUGAAUGUAGCAUGCAGAAAAUACCAAAGAGAACUAGCCCGUCAGCCUUUCGAGCUCAGUAAGAUGUACAUUGAGUUUAAGGUGGAUGUUCAGACUGUUUACAUUGAAGAUGAUUUGUUAUUAAGACUAGAAAGAAUCCUGAUGUUGCAACGUUUCCAUUUGAAUUGCAUUUUAAUAUAUACUGUAUAUAUAGAACUUCAAGAGGAACACUUUCGGCCUUUUGUAAGAAUUCCACUAUAUUAAUACGACAAUUCUAUUCUGAUGGACAUAAUAAAUUUGAGGUGCAAUGUUUCUUUUAAGGAUAAUCUGCAACAGUCUGGGAGCUACGAAAAAAGGAAUUGAUGUUAAAGGAUUUUAAGCAAUAUUCAGUCCGGUCAAGUUAAAUGGAAACGUUUUGUUAUUAGGAGUUUGAACUUCUGCCAUAGUGGGAUUAAACUAAUGCGAUCAUAUAAAAUAAAUGUAUAAAGAUGCACUGAUUGGUAAGGUUUGCACAUCCUCACAUUAUACAUAAAAACAAAACUAUAAUAAAAUCAUACAUAAGUCAUAGUUUACAUUUAAGUGCACUUUUUAGUACUGAAUUUGGAGAAAAAAUUAAAGGGAAAACAAUGGCAAGAUUUACAAAAACUCUCUGCACCCAGUAUGAUCAGUUUACCAAUUUCUUAAAAAAUCAAAUCAAUUCAAUUUUGUGUAAUCCCUGACUGUUAUUGUGUUGACUGUUUCAGUGUGUAUGUAUGAAUAUAGAAGGCAGGAGUGUGUUGUGAUCCCUUCGUUAGCACAAUAUGCUUCAUUAUCACUGCUGUGACCAGUUUCCAGCCUCCUGUCACUGGUCUGGAAUCAGUGAAAACAUUUCUUUUACUGGAAACUCAGGAGACACUAAUACAUCUCAUGUUAUCUCUAUGUGAAGUGAUACACCAGCAAUGUUUAUUGUAUUCACUGUGCUUUUCUUCUAAAUGUAUUGCAUUGUAUGUAUAAAUUGUUUUAAGUGUGUGUGUGUGUGUGAAUGUCAGAAAUGUAAUGAAAACAUAUGCAUUUAAUAUUAA